UAUAAUGUUGAUUGAAAACAUCUAAUUUUGCUACCUUCUAGAUAAUCAAUUGAAGAUAGCAACAGAUAAGAUUUUCAGCAGUCAAGGAAAUUGAUAAUUCAAGAAUCAGACCAUAAAAUGUCAAUCACUUCAAGCAUGAUAAAUAAGAAACAAUUUGCUUUGGAGCUUAAGUUGUGAAAUUGGUUUCUUCUUCACACUUACGAGGUUAUUCAACAUUCUUCUGAUUUAGUUGUGCAUCAAUCUGUGGUUUAAGUGUUUAAUCAACAUUCUUGCAAGUCAAUGAUCAUGAUGAAGGCAAACAAGCAACGAUUAUGUUCCAAGCUGAAUUCCAAUUUAAGCACUUUUCUGACAAUCAUGCUGAUUCUUGUUUUCUUGUCAUUUUUCUUUUCAAUUUCGAAGUACUUCUCUUUUCUUCUUGCAAUACCAAUUGCUCUUGUAUCCACUUUGUUUCUUGUCACAUUGAAAAAGAAAAAAGGAUCUAAAAAUGAAAGUGUAGUUCAAGAAAAGUUGCUGAAAGAGAAGCUACAAUCAGCAUUAGAUGUUAGUGAGACUGAAUAUAAUAUACAAAGUGAAAAUGCUGAGAAUCAUAAGGAGCAAGCUGAAGCACAGUUGGAAUAUUCAUUUCCAUUGGAUAGUGAAAGCAGAAAUUUCUUAGUCAUGGAUAGAACUUUUGAGUUCAGUGUUCCUGAGCAUAUGCAACAAGAUGAUUUGCGAUUAGAUUCUUCGUUUCCAUCAGAUAGUGAAAGAAGUAAUGGCUCAAUCGUUGGCGAAACUUUUGAGUUUGAUCACAAUAGAUAUCAAAACUUGAGUCAUGAUAGGUUAGUUUCUGACACUGAUGAUGAAGACGGCGAAUAUGACUAUGAUGAUCACGAUGAAGGAUUUAACAGAAUUAUCGUAGAUACAAAUAAUAACCUAAAUGGAAAAGAGGGUAGUUUAGUCUCAUACUCUUCUUUGGUCUAUCCUAUCUCUGAUGACAAUGACUAUGAAGAUUAUGAGGUGGAGGACGAGGACGAGGAGGAUAACUUGAUCGAAAUCCACCUUCCAAGCAGGAACUUGUCUAACUUAACUGAAGAAUCUAUGCAAAAAUUGGAAGCCAGGCCAGAUUUCAUUUCAGAAUCCAUUUUCAAUCAACAAAGUCUCAUGCAGCUUUUAGCAGAAAUGAAUGAUAUGAAUGAGGAUGAAAACUUAAUUGAGAUUGAUAUUUCCAGGUGAUCCACCAAUAGUCAAGACUUCAGAUUGAAUUAGGAGUUGUCAUAUUUAGGAAAUCAAUGUGUUCUUAAGAACUGAUAUCCUUAUUUACAAGUUUUAUGUUAGGCACUA